AUGGCUUCUCCAGUUCCAGUCGCGCAGCAGAUAUCGCUGUCGCUCAGUGUCGAGAAAAACGCCAUUGCGCCGGCAACGUCUGCCAGCGCAUCGAGACUGGAGCGUGACCUAAAGACAAUUCGCGAAUAUCUCGAGCCCAUCGCCGCGCCAGCCGAAUUGCCAAUUCCAAUCCACAUGCGGUUGCCGCCCUUUAACAUCUGCAUCACCAGGGAUUUUGCCCGCAAAGUCGAGUCGGUCCAUCGCCUGCUCGACCGCGCGCUCGUCGACAUCGUGGAGCGAUGGUAUACCGAUGCCCAGGCUGAUUUCCCCGCGCGAAUGCCGCUGGAAGCACACGAGGAAGAUCUGUUACGAUGGAUCGACACGCAAAGCAGUGACGACGACGCAGAGGAGAGAACCAUACCGAGGUUUGGCGAUAGAUACGGCAUGUGGAGGACGGAUUUUUUAAUCGAAAAGGGCCGCGAACCUGAAGUCAAAAUCUGCGAAAUAAAUGCCCGUAUACCCUACAACGGGUUCUUCGUUGCCGGCUUGCAUGAGGAGUCGACUCGCCUGCUGGGGGGUGGACAACUGGGCUUUGAGGUUCCCAACGAAUAUGAGGUCACGAAGAAAAUUAUCAGAGACUGCUUCGACGAGACGAAGCCCCUCUACCAUAUUCACAAGAUGUGGCCCGGGGUAGAUUCGCGCAUCUUUACCCACGACUUCAUGCAAACUACAGGCCAAGAUGUUAUACAUGUUGAGCCAGCGGCGUUGCAGGUCGAGGAGGACGAGACCUCUCCCACGGGAUGGGCUAUUUAUUUUAAGCCCCAAGACAGCGAGGACCAAAAACAAAAGAUCGAACAGUGUACAAUUGAGCUGUUCCAGGAAGAGUUGCGCGACAUUGACGCUCGUAUCCUUAGACAGCUGGCUACUUGUUGUAUCAACGAUUUCCGAAAUAUCUUGCUACUACAUGAUAAGCGCAUCCUGGGAAUUGUCCAGCAGGAACUUCCCAACCUUGUGGAAAGAAAGGUGUUAGGUACGGCAGAAGCACAGGUGCUUCGCAACGGGAUUGCCGAGACGGUCAUUCCAGGAUCAGACGCCAUGAAGAGCUUACUUGAGGAGUUAAGACAGGAUCCUCUUCAAAGGCACAGAUACAUCAUCAAGCCGGUACGAGGUGCUUCGUGCAAUGGCAUCCGACUUGGCAACCAGAUUGACCAGGAGGAAUGGGUCUCCCUAUUGGAACGAUUUACAAGCCAUGCUCUACGACCGAGUGAAGAGGCAUAUGUUGUGCAGAAGCUCGUGGACCACCUAUGGUGUGAUAUUGUCCGUCAUGAAGUGCACUCUUCGCCAGAACCGGAACAAUUUCACCUCAUUGGGUCCUGCCAUAUGGUAAAUUCGAAAUUGUUUGUGUUUGGUCCGUGGAGGAUCGGGCACACCGUCCACGUCGGCCUCUCAAAGGAAAGCAUGGGGAUUGUCAUGAGCUGCGUGCUGCGCCCAGAGGACCUGGAGACGAUGGACGGGAGGAAAGAAGAAUGA